AUGGGUUGGAGUCGCCUGCAUGGGCUAUUCGCAGUCUACAAGCCCCCUGGCUUGAACUGGAAACAUCUGCGAGAUACUGUGGAGUUGCAGCUCCUGAAGGGUCUUAACUCAGAGAAGCAAUUUACUCCUCAGGAGCACAUCCGAUUCCUGCUUGCCCCUACAGAAGGAAGUGAAAGGAAAGAACUGACUCUCAUGGCCACCAAUGUUCCAGUUCUUUCUGAACACCCAUUAGUAAGAGGGCCAAACUACACCAGCGUGAAGGUGGGCGUCGGGCACCGACUGGAUGUCAAGUCAUCUGGAGUGCUCGUGCUCGGCGUGGGACAUGGUAACAAGCUGCUCACAGACAUCUACAAUGCCCAUCUCACCAAGGAUUACACAGUUCGUGGGCUCCUGGGAAAAGCCACUGAUGACUUCACUGAUGAGGGCAGGCUGAUUGAAAAGACUACUUAUGAUCAUGUAACCCAAGAGAAGCUUAGCAGAAUCCUGGCAGUCAUCCAGGGCUCCCAUCAGAAGGCAUUGGUAAUGCAUUCUAAUCUUGACUUGAAGACCCAAGAGGCCUACGAAAUGGCUGUGAAAGGGUUAAUCCGGCCCAUGUGCAAGACUCCAAUGCUGAUUACGGGAAUACGGUGCCUCCAGUUUGCUCCUCCUGAAUUCCUCUUAGAGAUUCAAUGCAUGCAUGAAACCCAGCAGUUGCUUCGUCGAGUGGUACAUGAGAUUGGACUGGAGCUGAAGUCAGCUGCUGUCUGUACCCAGGUGCGCAGGACCAGAGAUGGGGUCUUCACCCUGGAGGAUGCCCUCCUACGGACACAGUGGGAUAUGCACAGCAUUCAAAAAUCAAUCCAGAAAGUGACACCCCGAGUGGAGGCAGAACUUAAAAAGUACCAAACAGUAGGACCGGCCCAAAGAGACCUUGUGGGACACCCUGCUUCCUAACAGAUCCAGGUCACAGGCAAACUCAAGGAAACUUUCCCCAUGGGCUAAGUAGAAUGAGGCACACAGCCUCAGGAAAGAAUAGCAAAGGAGGGUGCUGUGAUGGUGUAGGAGUUAGCAAAUAACUGAAUUGCAGGAGACAGUCAUGGGAGAUCCAUGACCUGACUCAGGUAAGAGUUCAUGAAUCCCCCCAGAAGGAUUUGGGAACCUUUGAAAAUGAUCCUAAUUCAUUCAGUAAAUAAAAGGCCCUGCCCCCUGGCUUUUGUAUAAGGAAGUGACCCACUGUUACUGCUCUAGUGGAAGAGUUGAGAAACCAGCAUUCUUGGCUACCUCUGAAUCUGGCCUAAUCUUGCCAAUGUCAGUGGCAAAGUGGUGGUAGAGAGGUGGAGACUCCCAAGAUAAAAUAGUGAGAAGACAAGAUAGAAAAAGAUGAGCAGAUAAUGGGCUUUAGGCUUACAGUUUCAAGUGGACCCUUCUAACCUAUUUUGGGAGGGAGGUAUCAGGAAGAACUGAGAUUUCUUCUGAAGAACUUGGAGCACUCAGUAACUGGGAUUAUUCUGGUUUUUGUUGCAGAGAGGGAGAAAUGAGAUAUGGGUUUGUGGAAAUUUCUUCUCUUUUUUCCUGACCCUAAAUCUCUAGGCAGGGUAAGUUAGGGGAGAAAGAACACUGGAAUUUGUGUCAGAAGAUCUGAGUUUGAAUCCCAGCUUUGCCAUUUUCUAGCUAGACGACCAUGGACAAAUCACCUCACCUUUCUGAGCAUGUUUCCUCAACUAUAAGAAUCAGGAUUAUGACACGCAUUUCAGGCUGCACAGGGUUAAUUGUGAGGACCAGAGGAGAUGGGGUGGAUGUAUGUGUGGAUGUAAAGAAUUUUGUAAACCUAUUAAGUGCUGUAUGAGGGUUAGUUACUGCUAUCCAACAGUAACCCAAGACUACUUUCUAACAACUCAGGAUAAUGGACGUCUGGGUGAAUGGCCGAACAGUACAGGUGAUCUUUUUUUUUUUUUAGUUCCUCUUCUAGAGCUUGGGCAUUGCUUUUUGGCUUAUCACUACCUGAAAUCAAAAAGAACUGUGCCUCAUAUGUGUCCCUGGGGAUAGGGCCAAAUUAUAGGUGAAGAGGAGGGUGAUUGCAGAGCUUGUUCUAUGUUGCCUAACAACCACGUGUGGAAGAGAAUGGGAGUUAGAAAACUCUGCUAAGGCAGAGAAAAUUUCCAUUCUAAGUUGGUGACUUUUCUCCUGCCUUCUUCCACCCUUCCUUCUGCUGCUAUGUAUGUAGGUGUCAGAGGCAGACUUAAACAGGAGUCUGGGCCUAAGGAGCUUCUAGUACCCUUGCUCUAGUCAGGUAUGGACUAUGCCUAGUAAUAGUUAGGUCACAAUGAAUGGUAAUAACCUUGCUGAUAAUAAACUUUAAGCAUCAGUUCCACCCAUCAUUACUCACACCACCCUUGUCCCCUCCAGAAUGGAUCCACCCCUUUUCUUAAGCAAAGCAAGACUUUUGUUCUCUGGAAGUAUGUUACAACAAAUGCAAACUCUCAUAAAAUCCAAAUGGGCAUGGACUAUCAAGUCAAAAGUCCUACCCUUCUGCCUUGAUUCUCCCUGCCCAACAUGGGUUUAAGGAAGGGUGAAGAGUUUAUUUGUUCUCUCUCUUCUUCCUAAUUUCGACUGUGCCAGGAUGGCUCAUUUUUUGAAAGCUCCAAUUCGAGUGUAGCCCUCAUCUUGCACAUAGUGGCUUCUUAAAAAGUCCUGCUGGAACAUGACAAAACUAGUGGAAAUGUGCAUCGGCCA